AGUGUGAGUGUUACUGUUUUAUUAUAAGUUAGUGCUGUGGCUAUUGGAAUAUGAGUGAUACGCGUGAACAGAUUUUGGAGCAAAUUAAAUUACAAGGCGAUCUCGUGCGUCAGCUGAAAGCAUCGAAGGAGUCUAAAGAGAAGAUCGAUGAGGAGGUCUCACGUCUGUUGGCCUUAAAGGCCAAACUUGGAGGCGAUGCGGCGCCAACGAACCAAAAGUUUACGCUCAAAACGCCCAAGGGAACCCGUGACUAUGCGCCACAGCAGAUGACGUUGCGUCAAGGUGUUCUCGACAAGAUCAUUCAAGUCUUCAAGCGUCACGGCGGCGAAGCCAUCGAUACGCCCGUCUUUGAACUCAAGGAGGUGCUAACCGGCAAAUAUGGCGAGGAUUCGAAACUGAUUUACGAUCUGAAAGAUCAGGGUGGCGAAAUCCUAUCGAUGCGUUACGAUCUUACCGUUCCCCUGGCUCGCUAUCUGGCCAUGAACAAGAUCUCCAGCAUUAAACGCUAUCACAUUGCCAAGGUCUAUCGCCGCGAUAAUCCAGCGAUGACGCGCGGCCGCUAUCGUGAGUUCUAUCAAUGUGAUUUCGAUAUUGCCGGCACCUAUGAUCCCAUGCUGGCGGAUGCCGAGUGCGUGAAGAUCGUGGCCGAAGUGCUCGACACGCUCGAUAUUGGUGACUAUGUGAUUAAGCUCAAUCAUCGCCAGCUUUUGGAUGGCAUGUUUGAGGCAUGCGGCGUGCCAGCAAAAGAUUUUCGCGCCAUCUGCUCAGCAGUCGACAAGUUGGAUAAGUCACCCUGGGAGGAGGUGCGCAAGGAGAUGGUGGACGAGAAGGGUCUGGAUGGCGCUGUGGCCGACAAGAUUGGCGAAUAUGUGCGUCUCAGCGGUGGCAAGGAGCUCGUCGAACAGCUGCUCGCCGAUGCCAAGCUCAAGGCGGUGCCGAAUGCUGUCAAAGGCCUCGAAGGCAUGCAGCUGCUGCUCAACUAUUGUGGACUGUUCAAUCUGGAGUCACGCGUCAGCUUUGAUUUGAGUUUGGCUCGCGGCCUCGACUACUACACGGGCGUCAUCUACGAGGGCGUACUUAAGGCUGAACCUGGAGCUGUUGGUUCGCCAGUGAAAGCAUCGCCAGUGCUGGAGAAUGGCAAACCAGUGGCGAGUGCUGCUGAUCAAGGCAGUGGGACCGUUGGAUCCGUUGCCGGUGGCGGACGUUAUGAUAAUUUGGUUGGCAUGUUCGAUCCGCGCGGCAAAGCGGUGCCCUGUGUGGGCGUCUCCAUUGGCGUGGAGCGCAUCUUUGCCGUCUUGGAGGCGAAAUUCGCCGCCAGCAAUGUCAAGCUGCGCACCAACGAUGUCGAGGUGUUUGUCGCCUCUGCCCACAAGGGACUACACGAGCAGCGGCUGCGUGUGCUCAAUCAGCUCUGGGAUGCUGGCAUCAAGGCGGAGCAUUCGUAUAAGCUGAAUCCCAAGCUGUUGGCGCAACUGCAGCACUGUGAGGAGCAUCAAAUACCGCUGGCGAUUGUCUUGGGCGAUGCCGAGCUGGCCCAAGGUGUGGUCAAGCUGCGUGAAGUGAGCACGCGGCAGGAGUCCACGGUUCCAUUGGCCGAGUUGGCCAACGAGAUUCGCAGUCGUCUCAAGGCAUAGACAGACACAAAUAUGUGAAGUCGCGCGCAUUCGUCUGGAUAUUAUGAAACUACAGAAUGAUGAAUUUGACGUGUCUAAUUUAAUAGUGUUUUUUUAUUUUGUAAUAAUUUUGUUCGAUUUGUAUUUUGCUAUCAUCGACACCAUGUGCUACUAUUAUUAUAUGAAAACUAGGAAUAAGUUAUAGACAACUUAUACCAAAACUGGAGACUAAAAAUAAACUGCAAACGCAAAACGCAUUUAAACGAAAAACAAACAAAAAUGUUGAGAAUUAUAAAAGAAGCGAAACACAUUGCGUUCUUAAGAUUA